UUUAGUUGCUGUGGUGCUGGUACAGCAGCUGAUACAGAAAUGACCACAAAAAUGAUAGCAUCUCAAUUAGAACUGCAUCGUCGAGCUACUGAUAGAAUUGUUCCUGUUGUCACAGCUGAACAACUAUUGAAACAGUACUUGUUCAGGUAUCAGGGUUAUGUUGGUGCGGCAUUAGUACUUGGUGGUGUCGACAAUGCAGGUCCUCAUAUUUAUUCCAUUCAUCCACAUGGUUCAAGUGAACAAGUGCCUUACACAAGCAUGGGUUCAGGUUCUCUAGCUGCUAUGGCUGUUUUUGAAAAAGGAUGGAAACCUGAUUUGUCACUUGAGCAAGGUCAACAGCUCAUUCGUGAUGCUAUUGCUGCAGGUAUAUUUAAUGACUUGGGAUCUGGUAGUAAUAUAGACAUGUGUAUAAUUACAAAAGAAGGACGGCAGUAUAUCAGACCUUAUGAAGUGGCAAAUCUUAAAGGGGAAAAACAAGAAACAUACCGUUAUGCACCUGGAACAACUGAAGUGUUAUCUGCGCAAGUCAUUCCACUUGAGGUUGUUGAAACUACAGUUAAAAUUCCAGGAGAAGAAGAAAUGGAUACUUCAGGAGAAUGAAAUGCAAGAUUUAUAAUUUGAUCUGAUAUUGAUGUUAAAAAUAUUGAAUAAAAAUUAUCAAGUAUUAAAAAGUU